CAUUAAUCGAUGCUAACGUAGCUAGCUAAACCAAAACGUUUCUUGUCUAUUGACUUUUUGUUACUCUGUUUGGCCAAUUUGAAGUAGCUAAUUUUAGGAACAAUGCCGAAAGUCGUCUCACGAAGUGUUGUUUGUUCGGACACCCGAGAUCGAGAGGAAUACGAUGACGGAGAAAAGCCUCUUCAUGUGUAUUAUUGUCUGUGUGGGCAAAUGGUGUUGGUUCUCGGUGAGUAGCUAACUAGUUAGCACAGUUAUCUAGCUAGCCUAGGUAGUUAGCAAACGUUGACUAGCUCUAGUAUUCAAAGGGUGUAUAUAAAGGUAUGUGUUUGAUCUAUACCUAGCUAGUUAAUCAAGAAUAACAUGGCAGAGAGAGCUAGCUAGUUUUCCGGGUAAGCGUGGCCCUAGGUAGGUAGCUAGCUAGCUAACUUUGCUGCAACCACCACAAAUGUUAACUUAGCUCUAGCCAACAGUAGCUACCCCGGCCAUUGUGUCACACAGGCUGAUAAGAGGCAGAGAAAUUACAUUUGAGGUUUUUCACAGUCAAUAAUCUAGACAGGAGAAAGCUUUCAAAUAUUUCAUCACACCACAGCUUUAGUGUAUCUAUUUUCGUUGAUCUUAAACCAUCAGUAUCACACGCUGUUUACAGGGUGAAAUGUUAUUUCCCGUGAGUAUUGAGUAAGCAGACAAGGUGUCGGGUUAUUUUGGAUGCCUACUGCUCAGCUAUAACAUGGAGGUGGAGAAAGAUGUGUUCUGUUUCAGCCUUUUUAUAUUGUCUUGGUUUAACAUAGUUCAGUUUAUGGAUUCACAAUCUUGAGCUACCAUAGAGAAAAUGCCGUCCGUUUUUGCAUACUUGUCAAAUAUUGUAUUAGGACACGAAACUGACAUCAUGUAGCUCAGUUGGUAGAGCAUGGCGCUUGCAACGCCAGGGUUGUGGGUUCGUUUCCCACGGGGGGCCAGUAUGGGGGUAAACAUUUAUGCACUCACUAACUGUAAGUCGCUCUGGAUAAGAGCGUCUGCUAAAUGAAGUAAAUGUUAUUUUCCCUUGUUUUUACAGACUGUCAACUGGAGAAACUACCCAUGCGGCCACGAGACAAAGCAAGAGUAAUAGAUGCUGCCAAACAUGCACAUAAGUUCUGUAAUGUAGAAGAUGAUGAGAAUGUUUACAUAAAAAGGUACUGAAAAGUUCACCACUUGUCUCGGUCUACUAUCUAGAUAUCAUGCUGAUGAGCCUUCCACACCAUCCAUCUGUAUCAUAAUUCAUCAGUUUGAUCUCAAAUGUGUUGAGAAAUUGCUUUGUGGAAUUAGCCUAUGCAAUUUCGGUUGGUAAAUGUGUUUCUGAAAAAAUUCCCAAAAUAUUAAACGUAUGCAGAUUGAUAUUGUUUUUUUCAUCACAGGGCAGAGGGAAUUGAAAGGCAGUAUCGCAAGAAAUGCGGAAAGUAAGUUUGAUUUUUACAGUAUAAUUUAAAUAUGAGUGAUUUUAACUCUCACAGUUGAACUUUAGGCCAAAUAGCCUACUCUUAAUCAACUUUGAGAACAAAAAGUCACUAAUAUAAUUGUUGUUAUAUGCUGUAAUAUUAUUUAUAACUCUUGUUCAGUUACAUGUCCUGCCAUCCAGGACCUCUAUACCAGGCGGUGUCAGAGGAAGGCCCUCAAAAUUGUCAAAGACUCCAGCCACCCUAGUCAUAGACUGUUCUCUCUGCUACCGCACGGCAAGCAGUACCGGAGUGCCAAGUCUAGGUCCAAAAGGCUUCUCAACAGCUUCUACCCCCAAGUCAUAAGACUCCUGAACAGCUAAUCAUGGCUACCCCGACUAUUUGCACCCCCACCCCAUCUUUUUACGCUGCUGCUACUCUGUUCAUUAUUUAUGCAUAGUCACUUUAACUCUACCCACAUGUACAUAUUAUCUCAACUAGCCGGUGCCCUCGCACAUUGACUCUGCACCGGUACCCCCCUGUAUAUAGCCUCCCUACUGUUAUUUUAUUUUACUUCUGCUCUUUUUGUUGUUGUUUUAUUUUACUUUUUUAUUAAGAAAUCAAUGUAUUGUUGGUUAAGGGCUGUAAGUAAGCAUUUCACGGUAAUGUCUACACCUGUUGUAUUCGGCGCAUGUGGCAAAUAAAUUUUGAUUUGAUGUAACCUAUUUCUUCUCUCCUGCUGUUCUUUGGUCCUCAUCCAAAGCCUCUGAGAACCGCUCCUCUGUUCUCAGCCACAAUAUAAAUCUAACACACAGAACUUUAAGAAAAUGGAAGAGUAAACUCAAGUGAACAGAAAAGAAUACAAAUGUUACAUUUCAAAAUGGACUGGCUGACCUCUGUCAUCUUUUGCUCUGUCUUUCUGAACAGGUGUGGCCUACUUCUUUUCUAUCAACACCAAAUGAAGAAUACCCCAGUUACAUUCAUCGUUGAUGGAGCUGUUGUCAAGUUUGGACUUGGGAUUGGGAACACCAGUGUCUACAGUCAAAAGCCAGAGGCUCCUAAAAAAGUCAGGGUAUGUGACACGUUUCCUCAGAUUUUUAGUUUUGUAGUUAAACUAAUAAUUUGCAUUCAUUACAUAGUAAUUGCUUUUUUAUUACAUGAUUGGUCCGAAAAGUGUAAAAGCUUAGUGUGUUAAAUCUGUCCAUUGUGCUGCCAGUCAGUAUUUCUGAGCAGACAAAGACAGGACAUGAAAUCCCAUUUAUGUUCCCACGCUUCAUUGAUAGCCCAACAGCUAUAACUUAAAUGAGGAAAAAUCAGAGAGAAAUGUUCCUUUCUUUGAAUUUAGCGUUUUUUAUUAAUCCUUAUACCAGGUAAUGAUGACAAAAAGGACCAAAGACAUGGGGAAAUUCAGCUCUGUCACCGUGUCUACCGUUGAUGAAGAGGAAGAGGAAAUUGAGGCGGUAGGUUUGCAUUUAUGGUGUUUCUCUUUGUGUGUGUGCACGUGCGUGUUGGAGACCAAAUUUUGAAUUGUUUAAUUUAAUCUUCAGCCUGAAGCCUAAUCUUAAACCUGAAGAUUAUAUGCAAGUCAUUCUCCCAACGUCAAAAUGAUUGUUGCUGGCUGGAUGAACAUGUGCUCAAAAACAGUAGAGAUGAUUAUACAGUACAUACUAUUGUCCGUUUCAUCUUCUUCAGAGAGAAAUUGCUGACUCAUAUGCCCAGAAUGCUAAAGUGAUUGAGAAGCAGUUGGAAAGAAAGGGGAUGAGCAAGAAGAGACUCCAAGAGCUGGUGAGGAUUCCAAUUCCAUUCCUGUCAAGUGUUUGAGCUUUAUCCUGAUCCUAGUGUGUGAUCUUAAUAGGAUUUCUGACUCAGUUACCCAGUGUUCACACCCACUCAACUGUAGUCUGUGUUGGUCAUACACUCAAAGGUUAUGCAAGUAACAUUUCAACCUGCAACUAGUGCCGAAUGUAAAUUACACACCGUGCAUUCGGAAACUAUUCAGACCCCUUGACUUUUCUACACUUUGUUACCAUGCAGCCUUAUUCUAAAAUUUAUUAAAUAAAAACAUUUCCUCAUCAAUCUACAUACAAUGCCCCAUAAUGACAAAGUGAAAACAGGUUUGUAAAAAGCAGAAAUACCUUAUUUACAUAAGUAUUCAGACCCUUUGCUAUGAGACUCAAAAAAGUAAGCUCAGGUGCAUCCUGUUUCCAUUGAUCAUCCUUGAUAUGUUUCUACAACUUGAUUGGAGUCCACCUGUGGUAAAUUCAAUUGAUUGGACAUGAUUUGGAAAGGCACACACCUGUCUAUGUAAGGUCCCACAGUUGACAGUGCAUGUCAGAGCAAAAACCAAGCCAUGAGGUCAAAGGAAUUGUCCAUAAAGCUCUGAGACAGGAUUGUGUCGAGGCACAGAUCUGGGGAAGGGUACCAAAAAAUGUCUGCAGCAUUGAAGGUCCCAAAGAACACAGUGGCUUCCAUCAUUCUUAAAUUGAAGAAGCUUAGAACCACCAUGACUCUUCAUAGAGCUGGCCACCCGGCCAACCUGAGCAUUCGGGGGAGAAGGGCCUUGGUCAGGGAGGUGACCAAGAACCCGAUGGUUACUCUUACAGAGCUCCAGAGUUCCUCUGUAGAGAUGGGAGAACCUUCCAGAAGGUUAACCAUUUCUGCAGCACUCCACUAAUCAGGCCUUUAUGGUAGAGUGGCCAGACGGAAGCCACUCCUCAGUAUAAGUCACAUGACAGCCCGCUUAGUUUGCCAAAAGGCACCUAAAGGACUCUCAGACCAUGAGGAACAUGAUUCUCUGGUCUGAUGAAACCAAUAUUGCACUCUUUGGCCUGAAUGCCAAGCGUCACGUCUGGAGAAACCUGGCACCAUCCCUACAGUGAAGCAUUGUGGUGGCAGCAUCAUGCUGUGGGGAUGGAUCAAGGGAAAGAUGAACGGAGCAGAGAGAUCCUUGAUGAAAACCUGCUCCAGAGCGCUCAGGACCUCAGACUGGGGUGAAGGUUCACCUUCCAACAGGACAACAACCCUAAGCACAUAAACAAGUCUCUGAAUGUCCUUGAGUGGCCCAGCCAGAGCCCAGUCUUGAACCUGAUUGAACAUCUCUGGAGAGACCUGAAAAUAGCUGUGCAGCGAUGCUCCCCAUCCAACCUGACAGAGCUUGAGAGGAUCUGCAGAGAAGAAUGGGAGAAACUCUCCAAAUACAGGUGUGCCAAGCUUGUAGCGUCAUACCCAAGACGACUCAAGGCUGUAAUCGCUGCCAAACGUCCUUCAACAAAGUUCUGAUUAAAGGGUCUGAAUACUUAUGUAAAUGUGAUAUUUACGUUUUUAUGAGGGGGGGAAAAAAACAAUUUAAUCCAUUUUAGAAUAAGGCUGUAACGUAACAAAAUGUGGAAAAGUCAAGGGGUCUGAAUACUUUCCGAAUGCACUGUACAUACCAGCAGUAGCAAAGGAAUAGAAAUCCACAAGAGUAAAAUAUAUUGUUUAGAACGCUGCGUGACGCUGCAAAUUAGCUCUUUAAAAAAAAAAUCCCAACUAGCCAUUCAGGCUGUUGUGUAUACAACUUCCUGUAUCACAAUUGGUUCUCAUUCACAAAGUUGACAACAAUAGCAAUAACAUUAGCAAUACAAACUUCUUCACAUCCUGGCAAUGGAUGUUUUUUGGAUUAUGAUAAGGUAAGAAGCAAUAUAAAGCCAUUCUAACCUUUUCUAAGCAGUGUCCUUAAAAAAAACCCAUGAGGAAAUCAUAAUAAUGGCUAAAAUAUUACAUGUUCCUUUUAAAGGCCCAAUGCAACUGUUAUCUCAACAUCAAAUCAUUUCUGGCUAACACUUUAGUACCCUACUGUAAUAGUUUCCCAUUUUAAAAUUGUCAAAAAGAAACAAAUAGCUUGGCAGAGGUUUGGAACUCUCUUUGUUAAUGGUUUAUUUAAGCAAUAAGGCCCGGGGGAGUGGGGUAUAUGGCCAAUAUACCACGGCUAAGGGCUGUUCUUACGCACGACGCAACGCGCAGUGCCUGGAUACAGCCCUUAGCCGUGGUAUAUUGGCCAUAUACCACAACCCCCCCCCCCCCCCCCCCCGAGGUGCCUUAUUGCUAUUAUAAACUGAUUUACCAACGUAAUUAGAGCAGUAAAAAUAAAUGUUUUGUUAUACCCGUUUUAUAUACCACGGCUGUCAGCCAAUCAGCAUGCAGGGCUCAAACCGCCCAGUUUAUAAUAAAAUGUAUACCGCCUGGUGAUGUCACCAGGCAAGCCAAAUCUCCACCCAUGCAAAACCUGCUGAUUUAGAAGGUCCUGUGUAGAUUGUACUAUCAGGAAAUAACACUGGUCAAAUUUGUUCAGACUUUUACAGUGUUAGUUUCAUCAGCUGUUGUACAAUAUGAUACAAAACACAGGAAAAAUAGAAUGUUGUCUGCCUGGGCCUUUAUAAUUUUAUUUCUAUCAACAGGCUGAACUGGAGGCAAAGACAACCAAGAUGAAAGGCACCCUCAUCGAUAACCAGUUCAAAUAGAGGGAUGUGAGAGAAGCAGGACAGUUGUACAUACUUUUCAAAUCAAAUGUACAUAGAGAAUUGCACUCUAUGGCCCCUUGGAAAUGUAUUAUGAAGCAUUUUGGCUAUGUUUUAUAUACUGUACCAAUUUUCUUAUGUUGAUUUAAAAUUAAAUGUGGAGCAGUGACGUACAGUAAUGUUAUUUUGAGUUUCAUUUGUCUAUUCAGCUGAGACAAUAAAAUGACUGCUUGAAAUAAGUAGAUGCUUGAAGUAGUAUCGCACUAUAUAUGGAAACCACAGCAGGAAAAGUGGUUGCUAUGGCUUUAACAGGAAUGCACACUUGCAUGACCUGAAUUCCAAUUUGUAUUAUUUUGUCACAACUCUGUUCUGUACCAUGUCAUGUAUUUGUAUGUUUUAUGUUGACCCCAGGAAGUGUAGCUG